UUCAAUAGGCGUGAGAGUGGGCUGUGGGCGGAGUCUGUUUCUCCUUGACGUCAUUCAAGUAGGGGUAAGAGAUGAGGUGGGCGUGUCUUCGGUGCCUCUGCUGCAUCAGUGAAUGACAUGAGGAUGUGAAAGAAUACAGCGGGCUGGGCAUAUGAUUUUAAAGCCAUUCUCGAGCGGACUGCUUUAUGGACGAUGAGGAAUAGACUAAGGACUGACUGAGGAACGGCCUGUAUUUGAGCCUGAGUCUUCCUCACCUGCCAAACAUGGACUAGACGAGAGGAGUGUGUGUUAGAGAGUGUGUGACGCAGACAUAAGCAUGGUGGUGAGGUGGCUGCUCAACUCCCAUUGAGAACACACAAAAUGAGAGCGUGAAGCUGCAGGGCAGGCAGCACAGCCACAUGAUCCCAUGACUCUGGACAUGGAUGCGGUCCUGUCAGACUUUGUUCGGUCCACAGGGGCAGAACCGGGUCUGGCACGAGACCUGCUGGAAGGUAAAAACUGGGACUUGAGCGCCGCUCUCAAUGACUAUGAGCAGCUCCGGCAGGUUCACACGGCCAACCUGCCCCACGUCUUCAACGAGGGCCGUUACUUCAAGCAGCCGGAGCGCAGCAGCACCCCGCAGCACAUCGGCAAGCCUGAGCAAUGCCCCCAGAAACAAGAGGACAACACUCAGGAGAAGCGUCUGUCCCGGGGCAUUUCCCAUGCCAGCUCUGCCAUCAUGUCUCUGGCGCGGCUGCAGGUGUCAGGGGAUUGUGCCAGGGAGCAGUUCCCCCUGGAGAUGCCCAUCUACACGUUCCAGCUGCCCGACCUGAGCGUGUACAGCGAGGACUUCCGCAGCUUCAUUGAGCGAGACCUCAUUGAGCAAUCCACCAUGGUGGCCCUGGAGCAGGCCGGUCGUUUAAACUGGUGGUCCACCAUGUGCACCAGCUGUAAGAAGCUACUUCCGUUAGCGACAACAGGAGACGGAAACUGUCUUCUGCAUGCAGCUUCUUUAGGAAUGUGGGGCUUCCAUGAUCGGGAUCUGGUGCUGAGGAAGAGUCUGUAUGCCAUGAUGAAGAGUGGAGCGGAGAGAGAAGCUCUGAAGAGGAGGUGGAGGUGGCAACAGACUCAGCAAAACAAAGAGUCGGGGCUGGUGUACACCGAGGAGGAAUGGGAGAGAGAGUGGAACGAAUUGCUGAAGCUGGCCUCCAGUGAGCCACGCACACACUUUAGCAAGAACGGCAUCUCCAGCGGAGGGGUGGAUAACUCAGAAGACCCGGUUUACGAGAGCUUGGAGGAGUUCCAUGUGUUUGUACUGGCCCAUGUCCUGAGAAGACCUAUCGUGGUGAUCGCGGACACCAUGCUCAGAGACUCUGGAGGGGAAGCGUUUGCACCCAUUCCCUUUGGAGGGCUGUACCUGCCAUUGGAGGUGCCUCCAAACCGCUGUCACUGUUCCCCGUUGGUGCUGGCCUAUGACCAGGCCCACUUCUCUGCCCUGGUGUCCAUGGAGCAGAGAGACCAGCAGAGAGAGCAAGCCGUCAUCCCACUGACCGACUCUGAGCACAAGCUGCUAGCGCUUCACUUCGCGGUGGACCCUGGGAGGGACUGGGAGUGGGGGAGGGAUGACAACGACAAUGCCAAGCUGGCAAAUCUUAUUCUAUCACUGGAAGCUAAAUUAAACCUUCUGCACAACUACAUGAAUGUAACAUGGAUUCGAAUUCCUUCCGAAACAAGGGCUCCCUUGGCUCAGCCAGAGUCACCCACUGCCUCUGCAGGUGAGGAUGUGCAGUCUCUGGCAGAAUCCAUGGACUCGGACAGGGAGUCUGUUUGCAGUAACUCCAACAUCAAUAAUGGCAAGUCGAGUAAGGAGAAGGACAAGGACAAGCAGCGAAAGGACAAAGAUAAAACAAGGGCUGACUCAGUAGCCAACAAACUGGGCAGCUUCAGCAAGACACUGGGUAUCAAACUUAAGAAGAAUAUGGGUGGCCUUGGAGGACUUGUUCAUGGCAAGAUCAACAAGUCCACUUCAACAAAUGGUCGAACGUUAGAGAACGGAGAGCAGAAAUCCAAGAAAAAGGACUCAAAAACACGAAAAGGAAGCAAAGAGGAGUCAGGCCAGUCAGCCAGCACAUCCUCCUCAGAAAAGGCAACCAGUCCCUCUCCUACAGACCGUGCUUCUGGUAGCUCACCUGUUGAGAGACUGCCAGGAUCAGGGAAAAACUCGGGUGAUCGGACACUGGACAACUGGAAGUACAGCACAGAUGUCAAACUCAGCCUGAACAUACUUCGGGCAGCCAUGCAGGGUGAGCGCAAAUUCAUCUUCGCUGGAUUGCUGCUUACAAGCCACCGGCACCAGUUCCAUGAAGAGAUGAUCAGCUUCUACCUAAGCAGUGCCCAAGAACGCUUCAGCGCUGAGCAGGAACAGAAGAGAAAGGCUGAGGUGGAGAAGAAGCCUCAGACCAAUGGGGUGGCACUAAAGAAGCCUGAACAGGAGAGUGUUUUCCUAAGGGAGCGUUCAGAUAGCUCUCCACCUGAGAGUUGCUCACCGGUGUUGCAACCUAGCCAUAAUCCUUCCCAGGCUGUGAAGGUCCAAGAAAGGGGAAGCCCAAAGCUUGCUGCUUCUCCUGUCCCAAUACCCAUCCCAGUUUCCAUCCCAGGAUCCUCCAUGUCCCCUGUCCCUUUCUCCUCCCCUAGUAACGAUGCUAAGAGACCUGGACCAGUCCCUGUUUCAGCUCACUAUAGCCAUACGCCACCUAUCCAGAGGCACAAUGUCAUCCAUCUCAGGGAUGUCAAUGUGCAGUCAUCCAGCUACCAAGAUGAGUCUUACAAGCCAAUGGUCAGCACUCUCAAAACUUGUGCUACCUACCCGCAGCAAAACCGCUCACUGUCCUCUCAGAGCUACAGUCCAGCCCGCAUGUCUGGUAUCCGUACGAUUAAUGCCAUAGACACCCUCCCGUACAACAUGCCUGGGGAACAUAAGUCCCACACUUAUACCAACGGCUUCAACACUGGCGACAUCCGGGACUGUCUGGAGUUUGCAGAUGAAGACCCGGUGCCCCAUGCCUGGCUGGGGCAGGACAAAACCAAAGGGCAGAGUGGUGUUUGCCCAAUGUACUGUUUUCAGCAGAAACGUUGCAGGAGGGAGAACUGCACCUUCUAUGGCCGACCCGAGACUGAGAACUUUUGCUCAUACUGUUAUAGAGAGGAGCUGAAACACAGGGAACGAGAGGGGAAGGUGCACCGACCUGGAUAGCCCUGCAAAUGCACACACAUAUAUAGCCACCCCCAAUGUGUGUGAAAAAAAAAACAGCAACACCACCACCUUUUUGCACUUUGCAAGCGAUACAAAGGACUGGCAUAACAUUUUCCUACUAGAGUUAAGAUCGGCCUCCUUGUAUUCUUGUUACUUUACUCUCAAUAGCGAACGAACACUGCUUUACAAUGACAGGAAGUGCAACCAGAAUCAGUUUACAGCUUUGGCCAGAGAUUGUGUUAUUGUUUGUCCUAUGUUCGAUUUAAUUCAGUCUUUUACUUGUUCUAGAGUAAAAGCUCUUGUUUGUGCAUUCUGCUCAGUCUGUGUCGUAAAACUCCUUGUACCUGCAGAAAGAGAUGUAAAAGUAUAUGUCAGUCUCUUAUGGAGCUUCCCAAAUAAUGGAAGGGAAAACUCUGUUUAGAGUUCAUUGUAAUGCAAUAUUUCACAGCAUAGCUCUUUGGAAUCUUAAUAUAAAAUAACAUUGAUUUGCUGUGCAUUGCAAAUAAUUACAAAGGGAGGGAGAUGCACUGUUCAGCACUCUGAUUUUUUUGAAAGCAAUAAGUUUGGUAACAACUGUCACCCCUCCCCCUUUUAUCUAUGCAUUCAUGACGUCAGCCAUAUUCUACUUUUUCCCAAUAUGAUUCUACGGGAUAUAGAUACGAUUAUAUAAGGUCUGUUGUACAGGGAUUAUUAUGGUGGAAAAUAUUUAAUAUGUGGCAUAUCAGGUGUGCUUUUGGAUUGAUUUUGUGGUGUGUGUCUGAUAUAUAUAUAUGCUGCAGUAUAUUGUAAUAAAAAGCCUCUACAUAGGAGGGUUUGCAUUCCA